UUUGUACAUCAAGUUUGUGUACAAAACUCACAGUUAUACGGAUCACAAAGUUUUUGGAACUUAAAAGCAAGCAAACUUAGGAUUCCAAGGAGUUCGAAGACACACGAUCAAGAGACACUGGAAUAUUACUCAUAAAUCAGGAAUCAUACUUCAUAUAUCAUCAUUCUGGAAAAAGGAAAAUUCAGUUGUAAGGGAAAAAAGUAGAAGAAUCUAUGUAAGUCGUUAGCCAUCUUACUACACAUCACAUAGAACAGAAUAUUUCUUUUAGAGAUGGAUUACGUGAGCAAUGAAGAGGAAAAUACUAUUUUGGAUUUAUGUGACUAUUUAUCGAUACAGUUUUGAAAUUUACGACAUCUCUGAAUUACAUCAUGAAGAGAUUUUCAAGGAACCGGUUUGGUUAUGAAUACUAGACAUUUCUGCCCAGUCGUCAUUUUGAUGUGUUGGGCUGGCGAAGUUAUAAGCAUGUGUACAAUCAAGAGAUACCCUCCUUCCGUGGAGGAGUGGUAUAGCUGUGUACCAUGUCCGCCUCCUGGGAAAUUUUCUUUGUUGUGUUCACACGUACCCGAUGACUGUGACCUGUUAUCAAGCCUUCUCAAAGUCUGUCUGUCACAGUAUGACACAGACUACCAACAGUGGUUUACAGAGGACAUCAAGUGUACCGAAAAACAGGCAUGUCUGGAUCGACACCCAUCUUGUGACUCCCUUGAAAGUGAUUUUAAAGUCUUGAAUGUGUCUUGUAUAGAAUCGACGGAGAGCAUCAUUACUACACCAUCUUUAACCAUGUCUACACCUUCAACGGACCGUAUCCUUACUACACAAUAUCUCUCUACACCUUCAAUCUCCACAACUCAAGUGAAUAUCACGCAGACGACCAAUCGUCACGUGAUAACUGACGUAACAAACUUCACGAAUCCAUUCACUGCGAUGGUAAAUGAUUCCAUUUUAAGUUUUACGAACACUUCGAAUUACAUUCCAUUCCACCCACUGAAGAUCGAAAACCAUUCCCCAAAUGCAGCCAUUGCGAUAGUUGUAGUUAUAAUUAUUUUACUGGUUUUCAUUGCUAUUGCAUUCGUUGUCAGAAAAGCGAAACAAAAUUACUCUGUCAGUGUAAGGGUUCCUCUUGAGCGUCAGUCAUCCACCAGCUCCCGCGCACCUGUCAUAAGAACAGACGGAGGUUAUACUAUACUCUGUUUUACGUUAAAACGUAGAAUAAACGCACAUGAAAAAGGGCAUCUGUCAUCGAAAGAAACUCCAAGGGGAUAUUAUAGUUCCGUCCAGUUGGACGAAACUCCGGAAUUUCAAGAAGAUGUGAUGAAAGAGGAAGAGAUUAAAAUAAAUUCUGAUUACGUCGUCUGUUCGGUGGAAGAUGACGUCAUCAAAAGUGCCGCACAGGAGUCGGGAGUGUAAAUUGCAAAUGUAUUUAACAAACAUUCCACAUAUUGAUUAUAAAUGAAUGAAAGUAUUUUUAUUUAUAAGAUAGCAAGUAUUUUGUCCUACCCAAGUUUCGUGCAUUGAGAAUGAAAAUAUAAAGAAAAAUAAAAUAUAGAUUUUUA